AUGCCGACACGGAAGGGAGCGAUGCGCAUGCGGAUGCUUCGGAAGGGCUCCAGUGAGAUGCUCAGAGGAAACACGGUGGACAGUGUGUUGGAGCAGCUCAAUGAACGGUAUGUGAAGGACUUCCUCAAGAAGCACGGCUUUUCAGAUGUGCAUUGCCCCAAGGCAGCGACUGCGAUUGAUGGACUGGAGGUCUAUCCGGUGCAUGUGGCUGCUCAGCAGGGAGAUGACGAGACCCUGCGGAUCCUUUUGGACGUGGGCGCUGAUCCAGAGGUGACGUGCCAAGGACGCACUGCUGCAGAUUUUGCGCAGGAAGUGAACGUCAAUGGUUCACAUGUCCACGUCCUCAAUUUGCUGCAGAAAGCAAUUCAAGUCACUGAGGUUGCGGUGUAG